AUGGAAGGCAAUAGGGGCGUCGGAGGCGGUAAAGGCGGCAGCGGAGGCGGUGGUGGUUCCUCUGCCAAGUCGGUUGGUGGAGACGGAGGAAUCAUGAAGGCACCAGGUGCUGAAGGUAAGUACAUCUCAAGGGAAGAAUUUGAGAAAAACACCCAGGGUUAUUUCCAUGCUCUUCACCAUGGAGACGGAGGAAUCAUGAAGGCACCAGGUGCCGAUGGUAACAUUUCAAGGGAAGCAUUUGAGAAAGACCCACAGGGUUAUUUCCAUCGUCUUCACCAUGGAAGCAAGGGUGGCAAUUGA